ACGACGACCAUGGUCGAGGCGGUGCUUGCGGCAGUCUGGCAUUUGCACCACAGCGUCGAUGCAGUGGCAAGUGAUCCUGUCGUCGUUGGCCGUCUUGGCGUUCACACACGUCACCGAAGGCAAGCAUGUCGGGCGGCAUGAAUCAGGCCGCGGGGCUGAUAUGUACGACUUCUCCAAAGUGUACAAGGUCGAGGCCCCCAUCAAGAUCGCGGAAAGGGUCAAGCAAUCGAUCGAGCACAAGGCUGGCAAGUCAGCAACAUAUACUAUUCCGUUCAAGGGUCCAUUCGUCCAGGUCCACUUCUCCGACUUCUCGCUUCCCGACGGCGAUUCGAUUACAUUGUCGACGUCUGCCAAGCACCGGCAAAAAAUCAAGGCCGGCGACUUGAACGAAAGCGGUCUCUCCAACCGGUUGGACACUGGCAGCUCGACCCUCACCAUCGAGUACAAGUCCAAUGGCCCCCAUCACUCCCGUGACGCGAAGGGGUUUGCCAUCGACUACAUCCUCCAUGAACCGAAGAAGGCCGCCAAGAAGGAAGACGUGUGCGGUGCGAAACCGGCGUGGGAGCCCGCUCAAUGCCUCGCCAAGACAGAUUCCGUCAAGUACACCUUGAGCAAGGCCACUGCGCGUAUGGUGAUCCAAGGCGGCCAAGGCGCAGGCACGGGAUUCCUCAUUGGAUGUGACGGCUGGUUCCUCACCAAUGAGCACAACAUCGAGACGCAGGCUGCGACGACAGCCGCCACGUACGAGUUUGGCAGCGAGUGCUCAUGCGACGACAAGCAAGGCAACACGAAAAUGAUGGGAUGCGAAGGCAAGGUCAAGAUCACGGGCGACGCCACACUCUUUGCAGUCAACAAAGAGCUCGACUAUACCCUCGUGCAAUUUGACAAAAAACACUGGGCCACCUUGGAACCGUUCGGCUACUUCACGCUUCGUCGCAGCGGGGCCGAACUUGGCGAGAAGAUGUGGGCGCCGCAGUACCCCCAAGCCCACCCGCUGCAGAUCGUCCAGCGACUGGAAAACCAGACGGCCACAACGAUCACGAGCUUGAACGUCGAGAACGAGUGCGGGAAGGGCCAGGUGGGGUACUAUGCUGACACGAUGGGCGGGUCAAGCGGAGCGCCAGUCGUCGGCAAUGCUGACAACCAAGUGAUUGCCCUCCACCACUGCGGUGGGUGUCAAAACGUGGCGUACUCGACCAAAAAGAUCCUCGACGACGUCGAGAAGAUCUUCAAGUCGAAGAACAUUCCCGUGCCGACAUGCUGGACGCAAGCCAAGGGUGGACUGGGCAAAAGCGCUGCCGAGACCCCUGCCAAGAAGCAUGGAAAUGGCAAGCAGCCUAUCGACUUGAGCAGCCUCUUCACCCCCAAGGGGGAUGCAGGUGGCAAAGGAACUGCACCGUCGGUGAGCGCUGGAGGCCAAGCAGACACCAAGAAGCCCAAGAAGCACCACAAAACCGCGCUGUCAGCUCCGGCGGGUGCUGAGGAAAUUGCCCCUCAGGCCUCUCCCCGUCAUCACACCGCAUCGGGAGAACAAGCAGACGCCAAGAAGCCCAAAAAACACCACAAAGCUACGCAGGCAACUCCGGCGGAUAUUGAAGAACCUGCCCCCCACGCCCCUUCCCGUCAUCCCGCCGAAUCGGCACGACGUACCAAGAAGAGCGGACGUCGCAAUGGCGGUGCCCGCAACGUCCCAGUCCAACAAGUCGAGCAGGUUGAGCAAGUUGAACAAGUCGUGCCUGAAAAACCUCGUCGUCGACGCCAAUCUCCAAGACGCCCUGUUUCGCAACCAGUUGACGAAGGCGAGGUUCCUUCUCGCCGUCGCCGCGGCGGCCGUGCGCCCCCCACGCAAGAGCUUUACGAAGUCAAGGUGUGUAAGGCAGCCACUUAUGCUGUCGACGCUCCUCCGUGCUCCGAGACGGGCGACGCUUGCCCUAAGGCGUACGAUGUACCGAUCGGAGGGUGCUACCCUGGCGUGAUCAACUCCCCCACGGGGUGUGUGGUCCCUGAAGAUGCCAUUUGCAUGCAAGCACCGAGCCCCCAAGACGGAUCGAUCUACUACAAAUGCGUCUUCCCCUCCGUCGGCUGCUAGAGCCCCCUGAUCCAUUCUUCGUUGGUUUUCGAGUCACCUUCGCGAGGAAUAGCAUCGCUUUUUUGCAUUGCUGCUGUCAAUGGAAGGAGGCGAAUAUAAAUAUUACUCGGAUAUGAGAUUUUCCAAAA